UUAAUUUAAUUUUAAGUUAAAGUUUUAAUAACCAACGUGAAAUUUAUUUCAAAAUUUCGUUGGCGAACAUCGUGUUUUAGACACAGUGUUGAGGGUGCCCUUGCCCUAUAUUAAUGGCGGUCCCAACUAACUCUCUUGUAGUAACUUCCUUUCCGUCCUACAUAUAUUUAUCUUAAUGGGCAAUCGUAGCGGCAGUCGCAGUUCAGACGGUGGUGGUGAUGCCCAACGACGCCGUGUUCCGGUGGUGCUUGGUUUCGCUGGGCGCCACAGUGGUGGCUGUAGGGCUGUACACGCAGUCGUUGAAGAAGAUGGCGGCCACAUACUUGGUCGGCAUGCUCGCAAUCGCCGGCGUGUUCUUGCCCGAUUGGGACUUCUUCGACCGUGAUGUCUCCCACUGGUGCUCUCCUAUUUCGCUUCAUCAUUCUGCUGCUGCUGCUCAACCCCAAUCAACGCCCUCCAGUUUACGGCUUUGCUUUUUACAAGUGGUGGAUGUUCAUAUCAAGCUAGCGGAAUUGCUUCAUCUGGGUAACCCAUAAUUCGCCACAUAUGAUGGAGAGAUAUGGAUUGUCAUAUCCAAGGAUGAUGUGUGCUAAAUAUACUUGGAACUGUAUUCCAGCCUCCCUAGCUAACUUGCUCCUCCAAGGAUGAUGUGUACUAAAUAUACUUGGAGCGAUGUGUUCCCUUUUUCUGUUAUUUUUCUCUUGAUUUUUGAGAGCGAUGUGUCUCACCCUAUUCCAACACAUGGAAAGGCAAUCUUUUUAGCGUAAUCAAUGGCACCGCUAGAGUUAAUUAAAAAG